CAGCCAGCGAGUAUAGUGAGUGGUGAGGAAAUAAAGUGAUUUGUUUUAUUCUUAGAAGAAUCCGCAGCUAGCAAGUGAUAAACUAAUCGACUAGUUCAGUUAACUUUAGUUACCCGUUUGUUUAUAAUAUAGUACCAGGAAAAUGGUCGCAGCCAAAACUGUUCACAGAAGCGAGAUAAUCUGUCUAGUGGCUCUCGUCUCUGCCGUAAUGGGCUUUCCAGUCACACCAGAUGAUGAAGCUGCGCACGGAUCGCCAACAAAUGCAGCUGCGAAUUUUAACACCAAAACUGUCAUCGCUAGCAACGCGCCAAGUGGGUCGACACCCUCCCUCACAAUCCCACUCGAGGAUGAUUCAGUUUCGUCGACUAUAAAUCAGCUCCAAGAGCUCCACAAUCGGCAAAAACGGGUAAUUAUAUUUCGCCCAAUAUUCGUCUAUCGCCAGCAGCAGCUCAAGAAACAAAACUUAAGAAGAGUGCGACAGGAGGAGGAGCAGCAGCAGCAACAAGUUGCAGUAACGACCACGACAAUAAACCGUGCGCCUUAUAUACGACCACAGUGUUUUAAUUGUUACGCUUCUCGAAACGGUUACUAAUUAGGAGACGAAAAUUUGUCAAGCAUCAAAAACACAGGGACUUUUAUUUUUACAACUCAAUGUUGGUCUAAAAAAUGAUUAUGCUCUCACAGCCUAGCUUUGCAAUGUAUAGAAGCGAUUGAGUAGAAAAAGGAAGCAACAAUGUACUUCCUCUAGGCUAGUGCUAAAUAUACCUAAGAU